UCAUCACACAUAGCAUUCUUUUUUGAACACUCGCGGGAACGCACUUUUUCGCCUGAUCAACAGAAGAAUCUCGAAGUUCAUCCAUGGCUCCAAGACCGGCGGAGAAGAAACCGGCGGAGAAAAAGCCAAAGGCGAAGAAGAAGAUCUCUAAGGAUGGUGGCAGCGAUAAGAAGAAGAAGCGCGUGAAGAAGAGCGUUGAGGCUCACAAGAUUUACUUCUUCAAGGCGCUGAAGCAGGUUCACCCUGGCAUCGGCAUUUCCGGCAAGGCCAUGGGGAUCAUGAACAGCUUCAUCAACGAUAUCUUCGAGAAGCUCGCACAGGAGGCAUCGCGUUCGGCUCGCUACAACAAGAAGCCAACGAUCACAUCGAGGGAGAUCAGGACGGCGGUGCCAUUGGUGCUUCCCGGUGAAUUGGCUAAACACGCCGUUUCUGAGGGAACCAAGGCCGCAGAGAAGAAACCGGCAGAGAAAAACCCGAAGGCCGAGAAGAAGAUCUCGAAGGAAGGUGGCAGCGACAAGAAGAAGAAGCGCGUGAAGAAGAGCGUUGAGACUUACAAUGAUUACAUCUUGGAGGUGCUGAAGCAGGUUCGCCCUGACAUGGGCAUUUCCCCCGAGGCCAUGGGGAUCAUGAACAGCUUCAUCAACGAUAUCUUGGAAAAGUUCGCUCAGGAGGCAUCGCGUUCGGCUCGCUACAACAAGAAGCCAACCAUGACAUUGAGGGAGAUCCAUACGGCGGUGCCAUUGUUGCUUCCCGGUAAAUUGGCUAAACACGCCGUUUAUGAGGGAACCAAGGCCGUUAACGAAUACACCGUCUCUUAUAUUACGAAUUUGAUGGAUGAUUUAUUGCAUUUAUGAGAUCUAGGUUUUGUGUGAAAUUUAGGAUAUAGAUGUAGUGUUCCGAACGAAUAAAUCUUUACUGUGCACCAAAGAUUCAGUACAUUCCCGGUAAAGUUAUUUUUUUUCUGCCAAAUUUUUAUGCUCCCAUGAGUGGAAUGCACUGAAUCUUGUGAUACAGUUGCACUAAAGAUUUAUUCGUUCGUUCUGAACAGUUUGUUGAUGGAUGGUUUUUUUUUUUUUUGUAAGUGUGAAUUCAAAACGACAUAGGGAAAUACUUUCUCC